GCUCUGUAGUCCUCCGAACGCUAUUUGGACAGCGUCUCUAGGCAGCAAGGACGCGGAAGAGGAAGCGGAAGCGCGAAGCGGAGGCGCGAGCGGAGGAUGCCGCGCGACGCAGCCGGGCAACGCCGAUGCGCCGAGCAUCGCCGGGACGCGGGUCGCGACACCGGCUGUUCGCGGGGUGCGCGAUGAUGGCGGAAUGCGCGCGGACAGGGUGCGGAGUAUCGUCGUCCAGCCCGUCGAUCGAGUUUACGGUGGAGUCGAUCGCCCAUCGCGGCGGCAACAUCGCGGAGCGCAACAGGGGCAGCAGCACGUGUCUGGGACGCGCGACAGAUAAUAAAUGCCAGAACGGCACGACGUCGGCACGAGCCGUGGUGGAUCAAACGUGGGGACGCGAGGCACACUCGUCGAAUGUGGGCAGGUGCUCGAGGAGAACCGCUGGAUCGCGUGGUUGCAUGUAGAUCGCGAGGAAGAGGAGGAGGAGG